ACCCAUAGUUGACGACAGCCGUGCCAUGUGCGCGUGUUCUUAGCUUUUUUAUCUAUAAAAUAUUAUUUGACAAGCUUGUUAUUAAUGGAAAAUGGCCAGCAUCGGUGUUCUUGCUGAUAUUGUGUCUACGCUAGGUAGUAUCAGCUCGCUAGAAGAAAUAAAGAGUGGGACAAAUAAAGUGGAUGUAACGGCCCUUACAAAAACGAUUUAUGAUUUCGCCAAGGAGCAAUCCUGCAAAACGGAAAAAUUUUAUAGAAACGCAUUACCAGAAUUAGUCACGGAUGGCUUCGACGAGGAGCAAAUUUGGCAGCAAUUGGAGCUGCAAAACGAGGGCGAGAUAGCGCACUGUUUAAAUGAGAUCUCAGCUUUGUCUGAAAGUAGAAGAUUCGUGGUUCCGGUGAGCUCCAAUAAGCCCGAGCCUAUAAAGAUUGAAAAUGAUAAUUUUGAUCAAGAGGCUGAGGGCAUGUCCGAGGAGAAGAAGUCGGAGGACGAAGACGUGGAAACUGAAGGCGAGCUAAAAAAGAGAAAGCAUACGAAAUCCUCCGUAGUGGACGACAAAUUCUUCAAGUUACAAGAACUGGAUGAAUAUUUAAUUAAAGAAGAGCGGAAAGAUGAACAAGGAAAGGGCAACGAAUCUGAUGACGAGUCGGUAGAUUUAUUUAACGAUGUUUCCGAGGAGGAAGAUGGAGGCGAUAGUAUAGAAAAGAAAUACAUAAAGUAUGCAGAUUUCUUCGACAGUCCUGAAAGUGAGAAUGAGCAAGCUAAUAAAAGCAAAAAUUUAGACAGCGACAGGGAUUCUGAAGAGGAGGAACUAGAGGAUGAAGAAAUGGAUCUUGACGAGGAGGAUGAAGAGGAUCAGACAGUCAAGAAGGUAAGAUUCAAUCUUGCCAACGACUCGGAUGAAACGGAUAGCAUGGAGAAUAAAGUAAAUCAUAAUAAGAGGAGUAAAGAAGAAAAGAUGGAGGAAGACGAAGAACUGAAAUCCACUUUGGAGUCUCGUCAGGAUAGACUGCUAAUGAGAAUUCAAGAAUUGGAAGAGGAAGCGAUGAGUGAGAAGCCGUGGCAAUUGAAGGGCGAAGUAAGUGGUCCGAAUCGACCGCAAAAUUCCCUGCUGGAGGAGUUUGUGGUUGUCGAUAUAAAUGCAAGACCGGCUCCCGUGAUCACCGAGGAGACCACCGUGAAGUUGGAGGACGUAAUCAAGCAACGGAUUAAAGAUAAGGCCUGGGACGACGUCGAGAAGAAGUUCAAGCCCGUCGAGACACCGUUAGAGUAUAAGAAAAAAUUGAUACUCAAUCAAGAGAAAAGCAAGGAGAGCUUGUCGCAAAUUUACGAAAAGGAAUACCUCAGGCAGAAGCAAAAGUUGGAUCCAGAGAACGACGAGAAGAGAGAGGAAACACCACAAUUGCAUAAUGAAGUUCGACAAAUGAUGCGUUCUGUAGUAGCUAAAUUAGACGCGUUGUCUAAUUACCAUUACACCCCCAAGAUGGCUAAACCAGAAAUUAGAAUCAUCAGCAAUAUACCUGCAGUUAACAUGGAAGAAGUGGCACCUGUCACGACCACUGACGCUACUCUAUUGGCGCCUGAAGAAGUGAAAGCCAAACAACGCGGCGACGUUAUCGGUAAAUCAGAACGGACGAAAACUGAUAUGAAGCGCGAGAGAAGGCGAAAGAAAUCGAGGCAGCGGGCCAAACAGCAGGCGAUAGAAGAGAAGGAAAAACUGAAAGCACUGCAACCAGGAAUCGCCAAGAAGUAUAAGGAUAAGAAAGAAAAGGCUGCAUUGCUUAAGAAAGUAACCAAGGACAAGAACGUUACAAAGUUGAAUGAGACAACGCACAAAGUCGCCAAGUCCUCGACUGCGUUUUUCACGAAGCUACAAAAUCAAGUCAAAAGUAAAGUUAAAAUUAAAAAAGACAAAUCGUCUAAGAAGGAGACUGGCGCCAUUUCGGCUGUAAAGUUAAAAUUGUAAAUUUUGUAUUUUACAUUUUUAAUUUGUUUAAAUAAGAUUUAAAUUAAA